AUGCGAAACCUCAAGAUAACAUCUUAUCGGGAGAGCCAACUUCCCCACAGCCUGCCACUAACAGCAACAGCAUGGGACACAACGAAUGACACAAUCAUCUGUGCAUUUGGUCCAACGCCCACAAACCCGGUCAUCGAGCUCAGACGAAGAAUUGGACACUCGUCGAUCGAUGAGGAAUUCGCGACUAUCACGUCUUGGGACUCUCCCAGCCCGCUCCCCGAGCUGGCAUGCGAUGAAAUCCUCCUACUUCAGCACUUCUCAGACACAGCGACAUCUUGUCUCGUCCUGGCAGGCGGGGAUGUGGUGGUCGUUCGCGAAGAUCCACUGCCGGACCAGGAGAAGAUUGAGAUCGUUGGUUCCGUUGACGCUGGCAUCUGUGCGGCCGCCUGGGCCCCUGACGAAGAAAUAUUGGCCAUUGUGACUCGAGCUGACACGCUCGUGUUGAUGAGCAGGACCUUCGAGCCGCUGAACGAAGCCACUCUCUCACCCGACGAUCUGAAAGUCUCCAGACAUGUCUCAGUCGGCUGGGGCCAGAAGGAAACCCAAUUCCAGGGACGACGGGCCAAAGCCAUGCGUGAUCCCACCGUACCAGAGAAGGUUGAUCAAGGGGAACCUAGUCCUUACGAGCACGGUGAUGUGUCGGUCAGUUGGCGAGGCGACGGGCAGUACAUUGCUGUCAACAGCAUGAUUUCGGAUCAUCGGCGAGUCAUCAGAGUGUUUACGCGGGAGGCUGUACUCGAUAAUGCUAGCGAACCCGUCGAUGGCAUGGAGUUUGGCCUGAGUUGGAAACCCUCAGGCCAACUCAUCGCGAGCGUCAAGCGGUCUGACACGAAAGUUGAGGUCAUCUUCUUCGAAAGGAAUGGUCUGCGGCACGGCCAAUUCGAUCUCCGGCUAACGAAAGAAGAGAUGGACUCGUGGGCAUCUAGCAUUUCCCUUGCCUGGAAUCCCGACUCAUCCGUCCUGGCCGUCUCGUUCAAGGACAGAACACAGCUUUGGACUACGGGUAACUACCAUUACUAUCUCAAACAAGAGCUCCCAUUUGGUUCCGCAUCCGGAACGAACCCCUUGAGAUGGCACCCGGAGACACUGUUGAGGAUGGCAUGUGGCUACACGAAACGCCUAUUUGACUUGACGUUUCUGUCCACGGUGUCUAGAGGGAGCACGGUUGUUCCAUAUGAUCUCGGUAUCGUAGCUGUUGUUGACGGUAGGACGCUGAAGCUCACUCCUUUCAAGCAAGCUGGGGUCCCACCACCAAUGGCAUUCUGUGAGGCGGCAUUCGCUCACAACAUCGUUGACUGUGCGGUCAGUCAAGAAGGCCUGAAAAUCGCCGUGCUGGCCACGACAACAGUCGAGUUAUGCAAAUGGAAAACUCGCGCGACCGUCAAAGGCGACGUGAAAUUCACAGCUACAGUCGAGUCUCGAGGCGUUCCGUUACCGACGGUCAGCACCGACACAGGCCAGUGGGUGACUCCCCACUAUUCGCAGAUCGCUCUCAAGGACGACGAAAUCUUCAUCCUCUCACCCAUGCAGCGCACGACCACGGCGUCCUGCUACAAGUUAAGAUGGCCGUCGGAGACAGGUAUCCCAGCCUGGGAACAAGUUCGUGUCCCCAGCGUUGCCGAGAACCUGAUCGUGGACAUUUUUGAGCAGGCCGUCUUCGUGACCCAACAAGACGAGUUAACGACAGUCAUGCUCUCCGACAAUGCUGAAGCCCGGGUUGUCCAACCCACAGUCUUGAGGGGCAGUCGACCUAACAGCUCCAUUUUCUCUCUCUGCGAUGCGGACGCGACCCACCUGAACGGCGAAACGAACGAACUCAUCCCAAAAUACCACAAAGUCUCCCUGGAACCCAAGGGCGGUCUCUACAUCGACGACACCCUCCUCACUCGUGAAGUCACCUCCUAUGUCCUAACUUCCGCGCAUCUGGUCUUCACCACGUCGUCACACCUCCUGAAAUUCGUACACCUAACAAAUGACCCAUCCACGAUGCAAGUCCCGCUCGACACGCCCGAGGUGGAUGAACGGUGCCGGAACAUCGAGCGAGGCGGCAAGAUCGUCACAAUCAUACCGUCUGUCUACGCCGUCAUUCUCCAGAUGCCGCGUGGCAACCUCGAAACCAUAUACCCCCGAAUGCUUGUCCUCUCGGGCAUCCGCCAACAUCUCAAGCAGCAAGACUAUCGCGCCGCGUUCCUGGCGUGCCAAACUCACCAAGUGGACAUGAACAUCCUGCACGACUACGACCCCGAGACGUUCCUCUCCAACGUGCCGAACUUCAUCGACCAAGUCAAGAAGCCUGGCCGUGUCGACGAAUUCCUCUCCAAGCUCAAAGACGAGGACGUAACCAAGACGCUGUAUCGGGACACGACCCUGCCUGCCACUACCACAGCCAGCGCUACCGGCACCGCUCAACCUCAAUCUCAGGACGCUCGCCCACACCAACCCGCGCCAGGCAGCAAAGUGAACAGAAUUGCGGAUGCGUUCCUCUCGGCCCUGGCGGCCCGACCCACAUCGUCGUCCAUCCAAACCAUCAUAACCGCACAUGUAUGCAAACGCCCGCCCGACCUGCCUUCCGCGCUAUCGCUGAUCUCUCGCCUCGUGCGCACGCCGGAAGGGGAAGGAAAAGAAGAGGCCGACACGGCCAUCUCGCACCUCUUCUUCCUUACGCCGAACCCGAACGUGCUGUUCGAUCACGCGCUUGGCACCUACGACCUCGAACUCACCCUGCUGGUCGCGCAGAACGACACGGCGCGCGAUCCCCGCGAGUACAUGCCGUUUUUGCAAUCGCUGCAGGCCCUCGCGCCCUUGCGCCGCCAAUACACGAUCGACAACCACCUGAAGAAGUACGAAAAGGCAUUAAUCUCGCUGCACGCGCUGGGCGAGCACGACGAGGUCAAGGCCUACGUGGUCAAACACGGGCUCUACACCCGCGCAUUGGAUCUCUACAAAUACGACGCGGGCACGGCAGGGCAUCUAGCCGCCAUCACGCGCCUGUACGCAGAGUAUCUGUGCACGCAGAAGUCGCAGCCCAACCACGCAGCCACGCUGUACGAAUCCCUAGGUGACUUCACGGCAGCGUUCCCGCUGUACGCCCGCGCGCACAAGUGGCGCGAAAGCCUGACCUGCGCAGCCCUCGCGGGCGUGGAAGAACCCCAACUCCGCACUUUGGCGCAGUCCCUCGCAACAACCAUGGCUGAUGAGAACAGGGAUUACCGCGCCGCGGCGGCGAUCCAUGUCGACUACCUCGCCAACCCGACGGAAGCGGCGCGCCUGCUCUGCCGGGGCUCGUACUUCGCCGACGCUCUCCGGGUGUUAUCGCUGCACGCCCUCGCCACGGAAAUCCCGCGCGUCAUCGACACCGGGCUGACGGACAAGGUGGGCGAGAUCCUGGAACUGCAGGCGGACUGUCGGGCCCAGUUGUCGGCGCAGAUCCCUAGGAUAUUGGACCUGCGGAAGAAAAAGGAAGACGAUCCCCUGGCGUUCUAUGGCGGCGAUGCUUCCUUCACUGACGGGGGACCAAACGGCGUGGACAUCCCGGACAACGUGAGCUUGGCGCCCACGGACGCGAGCACCCUGGGCGGACAGUCGCUGUUCACGCGGUACGGGUCCAACGCGUCCAAGUUCGGCGGCACUGUCGCGAGCAAUGUGUCGCGCAGGACGAGUAAGACUAAGAGGCGGGAAGAGAGGAAGCGCGCGCGUGGCAAAAAGGGCAGUGUGUACGAGGAAGAAUACCUCGUCGCGUCUGUUGGGCGGCUCAUUGAGCGAGUGAACGGGUUGCAUGAGGAAGUGGGCCGGCUGGUGCAGGGGCUGUUGAGGCGUGGCAUGAGGGAGCAGGCGCGGUUGGUCGAGCAUGGGAUGAGCGAGAUCUGUGAGGCUUGUGAGAAGGGUAGGGUGGAAGUUUGGGGGGAGGUUAAGGAGGUUGCCGUGGCAGACGAUCAGGCGGGCACGGGCACGUAUGAUGUGGAUGGGCAGGGUCGGCCGCCCGGUGCGGACGGUGUCUUUUGGGACAGUCAGCAGGAAGUGGGAAGAAAGGAGCCGCCGGUGGUGAAGAGCUGGAGCGGAAGCGAGCUCAUUUCUUAG